UGGCUGGCUUCGAGUGAAACAAGCUAACAAUGGUAGAAACAUCGCAUGAAUAUGUAAGAGCGACGUGUUGUGUCAUCCGUGUCACGUGCAGCUUAUCUAAGGUUGUCCUAAUCAAUAAGGUAACUCGGCAGAUACUCAAACAUCACCAUCAAAGCGUCCAAACAGUGAAGCAUGUCCAACAAUAGCAAUGAAUCUCUUGAUCGCCUAAACAUCACUCUCUCAACGCCUGUGCAAUUAAGAGGCAGCCAUGGGUCACGCCGCAUCUGGCCCCUCGUACUCCUCCUCAUCCUGAUCCACCUGUCCACAGUGCUCUACACUCUCCCGCUAAAUCGCGUCAUCGAGCUUCGACUGUGUCAAACGCACUACUCCAUCCCGAACCCAGAAGAGAAGGCAUGCAAAAUCGAUGAAGUGCAGAGGCAAUUGGCUUGGAUCCAAGGUGUCAUGGAAACGAUGCUUGUUGCUUGUGGUACGUGUACUUUGCUAGGGUGGUGGAACGUGACGGGCUCAAGGCUCACACUCGUGGUUGUCGCUGCAAGCGGCUGAUUCUAUGUGACACAGAUUUCGUAGUUACGUUACCGUUCGGAUAUGUUGCAGAGCGAUGGGGAGUGAAAGCCGUGCUGUGGUGCAAUUUAGUCCCAAGAGUUGGCAUGAGCGUAUGGGCUGUUGCAGUUGGCCAUUCUGAUCACAUUCUCCCCACCAAGGCGAUCAUUGCCGGGCC